GGUUGUGUUGUCCCCUCGUCUUUUCAGUGGAGCAUUGGUCCCUCCCUCCUCUGGGAAUGGGGGGCGAUCGGGAAGGUCAGGUUGCCGCGUUGAGCGGCAGUUAAGUUCGAGCUUGUCAGAUGUAGGCGCCCCCUUAUUUAUUUAUUUGUUUUAGUCGCAUAAAGCCUCCACCGCCAGCUGCACCGGCAAGUCAUGGAAUACGUUUCUAAGAAAUAACACCCCCCCAUUGGAAUGGGGCGGCGCUGACCCUGGGUCCCUUCGCCUCAUUCUCUCCCCGGGCUGGCCCUCCAGGGAGGGACCCUUUGAGGAGAUGGAGGGACCCGUCGGGUGCGCUGAGGAGGAAGGGGAGAGCUCUCUGCUCACCAUCAGGCACGAGCUGAAGAACGCAAACUUGACAGGCCACACAGAGAAGGUGGGCAUUGAGAACUUUGAACUCCUGAAAGUUCUUGGGACAGGAGCUUAUGGAAAGGUAUUUCUGGUGAGGAAAAUCAGUGGUCAUGAUGCUGGCAAAUUGUAUGCAAUGAAGGUAUUGAAAAAAGCAACAAUAAUUCAAAAAGCCAAAACAACCGAACAUACAAAGACUGAACGACAAGUUCUAGAGCACAUUCGACAGUCUCCAUUUUUGGUCACUUUGCAUUAUGCUUUCCAGACAGAUACAAAACUUCAUCUAAUCUUGGAUUACAUAAAUGGAGGAGAACUUUUUACCCAUCUUUCACAAAGAGAGAGAUUCAAUGAAGAUGAGGUACGGAUAUAUAUUGGGGAGAUUGUAUUGGCACUGGAACAUCUACACAAGUUGGGAAUUAUCUAUCGUGACAUAAAACUUGAAAAUAUUCUUCUUGACUCAGAUGGACAUAUAGUUCUGACUGACUUUGGACUGAGUAAGGAGUUUGUUAAUGAUGAAAAUGAAAGAGCUUAUUCUUUCUGUGGAACUAUAGAAUAUAUGGCUCCAGAUAUUAUCAAAGGAGGGGAUACAGGACAUGAUAAAGCUGUUGAUUGGUGGAGUCUAGGUGUUCUUAUGUAUGAAUUAUUAACUGGAGCAUCACCUUUUACAGUUGAUGGGGAGAGAAAUUCACAAACUGACAUAUCUAGGAGAAUAUUAAAAAGUGAACCUCCAUAUCCACAAGAAAUGACUGCAUUAGCUAAAGAUAUAAUACAGUGUCUUCUAAUGAAAGAUCCCAAGAAAAGAUUGGGUUGUGGUUCAGGGAGUGCUGAUGAAAUCAAACAACAUCCCUUCUUCCAGAAAAUAAAUUGGAAUGACUUGGCUGCCAAAAAAGUGUCUGCUCCAUUUAAACCAAUAAUUCGUGAUGAGUUGGAUGUUAGUAAUUUUGCAGAGGAGUUUACAGAAAUGGACCCAACAUAUUCUCCAGCAACCACUCCAGAGGCUGCAGACAAGCUUUUCCAGGGAUAUUCUUUUGUUGCACCUUCUAUCUUAUUCAAACGCAAUGCAGCCAUUAUGGAUCCAGUUUAUUUUCUGACAAAAGUUGACCAACCUGGAGUUACAAAUAUUGCUAGAAGUGCUAUGAUGAAGGACUCUCCAUUUUAUCUCCACUAUGAGCUGGACCUGAAAGAAAAACCACUAGGAGAAGGAAGUUUUUCCAUCUGUCGAAAAUGCUUACAUAAGAAAACUAGACAUGAAUAUGCAGUAAAAAUAAUCAGUAAAAGGCUAGAAGUCAACACUCAGAGAGAAGUUACAGCUUUAAAACUCUGCGAAGGACAUCCCAAUGUUGUGAAAUUACAUGAGAUUUAUCAUGAUCAGCUCCACACAUUUCUAGUAAUGGAACUACUGAAAGGGGGAGAAUUACUUGAACGCAUCCAGAAAAAGAAGUACUUCAGUGAAACUGAAGCUAGUUAUAUCAUGCGCAAAUUAGUUUCAGCAGUGAGCCAUAUGCAUGAUGUGGGAGUAGUACACAGAGACUUAAAACCUGAGAAUUUAUUAUUCACAGAUGAAAGUGAUAAUUCAGAAAUAAAAAUAAUUGAUUUUGGAUUUGCCCGAUUAAAACCUUCAGACAAUCAGCCUCUUAGAACUCCAUGUUUUACCCUUCAUUAUGCUGCUCCAGAACUCUUAAACCAUAAUGGUUAUGAUGAAUCCUGUGAUCUCUGGAGCUUGGGAGUUAUUUUGUAUACAAUGCUUUCAGGACAAAUACCCUUUCAGUCUCAAGAUAACAGUAUAACAUGUACAAAUGUUUUGGAAACAAUGAAGAAAAUUAAAAGAGGGGAAUUUUCUUUUGAAGGAGAUGCUUGGAAAAAUGUUUCUCAGGAUGCCAAAGAUUUGAUACAAGGACUUCUUACAGUGGAUCCAAAUAAGAGAAUUAAAAUGACCAGUUUGAGACACAAUGAUUGGCUUCAAGAUGGUAGCCAACUGUCAUCCAACCCAUUAAUGACUCCAGACAAUUUAGGAUCUUCAGGAACUGCAAUACAUGUCAAAGCAACUUUUAAUGCCUUUAAUAAGUACAAAAGGGAAGGAUUUUGCCUCCAGAAUGUUGACAAGGCACCUCUUGCGAAAAGAAGAAAGAUGAAAAAGACAAGCACAAGCACAGAGACCCGCAGCAGUUCCAGUGAAAGUUCUCAUUCUUCUUCCUCUCAAUCGUAUGGUAAAACUACCCCUACAAAGACCCUUCAGCCAACACAUCCUAUAGACAGCAAUAUUUCAGAGAAUAUCUUUCAAUUCUCUGACUGAAAAUCACAGAGUUCUGCUGUCUUGGAGAAUAAUUAAAACUUGUUGAUGCAUGUGCUGGUUUGAAUACAGUAAAUGAGUAUAUUUUUACAAAUUGCCCUUUCUGAUUUUUCUGUUUCAGUCUGAGGCCAAAAUAGGACAUGUUAAAAUACCACUGU